UCCGCCCCCCACGCCCCUCCACCCCCUACCCCAGCAGCGGGAAUAGGCGGAGCAGCUGUUAUCUGGCUGCUGCCACGGCUGGGGAGGCGGAGAGGGGGCGGGGGCUCUGGGCGCUGCUGUGUCCGGCCAAGCGGCUAGGGAAAGCCGACCAGGAGCCGGAGACAGGGGCAUGGUCCGGGCACCGACGCUCUGAGCCGGGGCUGGCGGCCAACAGCAGCGGCAGCAGCGGCAGCAGCAGCACGUUGGAACUUGGGCCGAAUCGAGCAGCCCCGCGCGCGCCGGGACCAUGGGAUGCUGCACUGGCCGCUGCACGCUUAUUUUCCUCUGCACUUUACAGCUGCUUGCUGCAUUAGAAAGACAAGUAUUUGAUUUCCUGGGAUAUCAAUGGGCUCCCAUCCUGGCCAAUUUCCUUCACAUCAUAAUUGUCAUCCUGGGCCUCUUUGGAACCAUUCAGUAUAGGCCUCGAUACAUUGUGGUGUAUGCAGUGUGGACAGCCAUCUGGGUCACUUGGAACAUCUUCAUUAUCUGUUUUUACUUGGAGGUGGGAGGACUUUCAAAGGACAGUGAGCUUCUGACCUUUAAUAUUUCCCAGCACCAAUCAUGGUGGAGUGAAAAUGGACCAGGAUGUGUCCGGAAGGAAGCCCCAGUGGCCGGGAUCGCAGGCUUGGACAGCCAGUCCUACGUCUCUGUGGUCGGCUGUACUCUGGAGUAUCGCUACAUUGAAGUCAUGCACAGCUCCUUCCAGAUCCUGGUGGCGUUGGUGGGCUUUGUGUACGCCUGUUAUGUGGUCAGUGUCUUCACAGAGGAAGAAGAUAGCUUUGAUUUCAUUGGUGGAUUUGAUCCAUUUCCUCUCUACCAUGUCAAUGAAAAGCCCUCCAACCUAUUGUUCAAGCAGACAUACCUGCCUGCGUAAGUGAAGAAGAGGAUGCUGUACCAGUACUCAGUAAAGAAGGGUCCCUCCCUAUCACAUGGAAACCCUGGUCUGAAGAAUUCAUCCCAUCUUACUCCUUAACACAAUGAAUGUACUACACGUGGCUGGGCCAUUUCUGUUCUGACUCUGAGCAUCCCAGUGAUCUUCAUACCCAUCCCAAGUGUCCUAGGAUCCUGGGCCUUUAACCGGCCUUGUCUCAGGCCUGGAAGGCCUCACCUCCUUCCCCCAACUUCUGCCCAUCUGGGGCCUCCUGGCCCACAGAGAUAGGCGUGGUCACGACCCAGCUGCAGAUGCCUACUCUUUUUGUAAUUUUCUUUAAAAAACAAAAAAACAAAAACAAAAAUCACACAUGUUGUAUGUACUCACAGCUGCUCCCACCCCAAGGCUCAUGUCACAUGGGAUGCUUUUUGCGUCAGUGGAGCAAAACUGGUGAACUUUGUAUGCUGUAAUGAUCCCUCCUGCUACUCCCAGCCUAGGUUUGGCUUUGAGGUACAACAGGUACCCUGGCGUCCAUAAUGAGUUGUUUGUUAUUUUUGUUCCAUGACCGCAGAGCAUUGAGCUCUGAGCUAAAAGUGGAAGAGUUUGUCUAUGGGAAAUGGUUUAAUGAGAGAGAUGGCAAGAGACAGGGGAGGAAUAUGUAUGUAUAUAUAUAUAUAAUAUGUAUGUAUGUACACAUGUUAAUGGGACAUCCUUCAUGAGCCAUGGUCAUUGAGUGAACAAUUAAAUUCAAUAAUCACAGACCA